AUGGGUACGACAGAAAAAAUCGAUGGUGAAUUGGUGAAUUGUGAAUCAUCUCAAGAUAUGUUUAAUGGUGUAAAAAAUAUUGUUUCAAGUGUUCGUCGAAUGCACAAACAACAAAACCUUUCAAAAAAAUUAAUUUCAUAUUCAGACACACGCGUCAGUGGUGCUUAUGAAAUGUUAAUUGUUUUUUUAAAUGUCUUUGAUGAAUUACCUACUAUUCUUGAAGUAAAACUUUUAUCAAUUUAUUCACAAAUUGACAAAGAUCUUUUACAUGAUAUAUGUGAUUUUUUAUUUCCAUUUAAUACUGUUCUUGAAAUAUUGAGCGACAUUAAACGACCAACACUUCAUCGUGCAUUACCAUUUAAGCAGUUCUUAGUUAAUAAAUGUAAUAUUAAUGAUGAUGAUCGAGAAGGUUUAAAACAACUGAAAUCUUUUUUAGCACAAAAAUUAGAUGAAAAAUGGGAGUUAACAGAUGAACAUCUUAUUGCUACAUUAAUUCAUCCAAAUCUAAAACAUUUUCAAAUGUGUCCUCAUCUGAAAGAACGUGCAAUACUCUUAUUAAAACAAGAAAUGAUAAAAAUACAAGGUGUUAUAUCUACACGUACAUCAACUACCAUACAUUCAUCAAUAAUACCAUCGUCAACGUCUUCAGUACCAUAUUCUUCAUCUUCAACAUCGACUUUAAUUAAUAGGUCUUCAUCUGCACGAAAAAAUUUAUUAUUAGAAAUAUUUUACAAAAAAUCUGCAGUACCCGAAAAAACAAGUGUCGAGCAAGAAUUAGAAAAAUAUCUCGCAUCUACGUCUGUAGUACAAGAUGAAGAACAAGAUGAUAUACUUCUCUAUUGGCGAGAGCAUCAAGAAUUAUUUCCAUUAAUUGCAUCAAUUGCUCGUGAUAUAUUGGCUAUUCCCGCUUCCAACACAUCUGUUGAACGUUUAUUUUCAUCAUGUAAAAACACCGUUACUGAUAAACGGACACGGCUUGGAACGGAAAAGUUAAACAAACUUAUGUUUUUACAAAAAAAUUUGGAUGUGUUAAAGAAAAAAUUUGAUGUUAAGUCUAUUGAAACAAAUAAUGAUCAAGAAACAAAACGAAAACAUGAUGCAAUCAUGUUAGAUGAUCAGUCGACGUCAAAAAAACUAAAGCUACUGGAUACUCCGAUCAAUCAUCAAAAUAAUAGUGAAGAUAUAGUGAAUGUUCCAAGUGAAGAUGAUAAAGAAACUAUUUAA